ACCAAUUUGAGAAGUUGAUGUUGGAUGAAGAUCCCGAGGGCGGUCACAAUACCAACAAGCAUGCUCGUCAUACUAAUGACUCUGUUUGGGAUCGAGUCCCUCUUGUUGUUCGUGGUCCCAUCUUAAGUGACAAGCUUCCUCCUUCCGAUUUCCCUGCUGAGCCCUAUCAAUUAUGGGUAGUUAAUGCCGAUCAGUCCAAGGCUCAGAGUAAUCAGCCUAAGACUCAUAAUGCUCGAAAAAGAGGCUCUGGCACUAGGACUGAGGAAGAGCUAGUGAAGAAGUCAAAGACUGGUGAGGAAGGUGUUGAGAGAUCUUCUGAGAAGGGUGGUGAAGAUCCCGACGAUCGACUCCCCUUAUCUCAAUUCAGGUUGAGCGUAGUGGCAAAGGGUCUAAGGGUGGACGUUGAGGCCGAAGGAUCGGGUGAAGGGGGGGAACAAAGAGAACCCGAGAUCCCUUCCCUUGAAGAAAUCAUCCCUACUUUCCCCAGAAAUGAGGUAGUGGAAAAUGUGGAGAGGAAUGCCCCUAACAAGGGUACGUUCAAUGGUUCUGUCUUCACAUUCUCGGGCGUUGCUUGUGACUCCUUAGGCGCUCUUGCAUCUUCUAGCUUUAGCUCUCAUUCCACUGCGGAUAUGCUAAAGGUUGUCCCCCUGUAUGGUCCUGUCAUGAGAGAUUCUCUCAACACUAUGAAAAAGCUACAUUACGUUGGUCACAUAAUUACUUUACUCCUUCUCUCAUUAGUUAUCUAA